GGAAAUAGUGAGUAUUUCACACCUGGUUAUGAAAAAAAUGGAGCGGCGGGCCCAUCGACCACAAAAGACGACGGACGCAACACGUUUACGCCUGAAUUGUGGGCAAAAUUUCUUCAAAAUAUGAUGAAGGGCUCCCACAAUACCAAAGAGAAGCCUUCGAGUGUGGGUGAUAAAAGAUCGCUAAAAUCAAGUGAGAUUUAUCUACCCUCGUUUGAUCUAGACAAUUGUCAAUUUACCGCAGCUCAGUGGUGUGAAGAUAUACCACAUGAAGGACAAUUCGUGGUCGGAUUACGGAGCUAGGUAUUCUGCCUUGACUCACUUGCAGGGACGUGCCAAGAAGUGGGCAGCACGUACGUACCUGUUGUGUAAAACCUGGACAGAGUUUAAGGAGCGACUUACUCUUCAGUUUGUUGGAACUAGGAGGUUUCACGACUUGUUUCAUGAUAUGGUGGACAAUACAAGUGACCACGCGGUGACCUACUAUGAAUAUUCCACCAAAAAAAUGGCGCUGAUUGACCGGCUGGAAACGGGUUGGGGUGAGUCCAAUAAAAUUGAGGUUGUGAUCGCAGGCAUCACAGAUGUUCAGACUUUGAAGAAGACGCGUCAGUCUCCUGUCACAUCCUACAAUAUUGUCUGCAAGGCACGUCCUAUGCCGUCAAAUUAUACUGUUUUCCGAGCACAAAGGAAAAUGUACGGAAUUCUUGCUGAUUGGGCGAAUAUCUAUAUUUUAUUACGUUUUUAGACUUUUUUUGUCUUUUUGUUCGUGAUUUGAAUCGAGAUUGCAGGUCAAGGUGUCCCGUAGUUCAAAGUUUUCUAAAGUGGUAUUGCACAACUAGGUAUCAAAGCACACAUUAAGUUAUAUAUAAUAACAUAUUGCUUCAAAUAUUAAUCAAACAAAACAAAUAAUAUUGAAAAUUAAAUAAAUUUAGUUUUGUUUGAUUAGAAAUUAAAACACACCAAUCCUUAGUUAUUUUUGCUGUAAUGCGGGUGUGAGUUAAAUUUAUAAUUACUACACACAUACACACUAAUUAUAUACAAUAAAUAGUCUGUAGAAACUCAAUACAUAGCCGGAGCUGGAUUCAAGACUUAUACAUAUCAAGAGUGCAGUCCAGAUGAAUUAGUAAAAAUACUAAAUACAUCCUGUCGUUUGAGAUUGCCCUUUAAGACUUAAAAAUUUAGUCGGUUUUGUGCACAGAAAUUAAAUUACCUUUACAGAAAAAUAUCAAGGAUGCAGAUAAUAAACAUAUUAGAUGUUCAAAAUCUAUUUAAAUGAUAUAGCAGUACAUUUAAAACGAAAUUCCCGUAUAAUCGCUGUCUCGUAACAUUACAUUACAAUCAAAACUUUACCUUUUUCAUCGAACUCUAUUGAACUCAUAAAAGGAAAUUGCAUUACAAGCCAUAUAAUAUACAGAGCUGUUAUAUAAAAUACAAUAUAUUGUACGACGCGAACAGCUGACUUAACGACCAAGUUCGCUUUUGAUAACACUUAUUUCUCUUUGUUUUACGAAUGCAAUUUGAAAUUUAUUUAAGCUCGGUUUUACGUACUGUGGAAGAAUAAAUGAAAUAAUUUUAAGGUUUUUUGUAAAAAACCAUAUUAAAAUAUAAUACGUUUCAGUUGUGACACCCGUGCCGUACACACCUAUAUAUAUUCUAUUUAUUUUCUAGGUAUUUUCGAUAACAUAUUUUUAACCGAGCGUAACAAACGCUGUAAAAUUGGGUUUUCAAUCUGCAUUGUAAAUAUUCAAAACUACGUUGGUGGAACAAGAUACUGAGGUCGAAACACAGUCUGUGUCUAACACAAUUUUGGCCGAGACAUGCUGGUUUCAGGAUUGUUAAUCGUGCUUCUCUGAAGUCAUACAAUUACACAUAAAUAUUUCGUGGCAUUGCUCACCCACUUACACAUACAAAUUAUUUUCACAAAAGCAAUGUGCCAAAUUAGAGAAGGUAUGCUAAGCGAUACAAUUUUAUUAACAAACCCAUUUCAGGCCAUUUCAUCUCUCAACCUUCUAAAUUAGGUUAUGUAGCAAAGGCGUGUCGGAACAUUUUUGUCGUGUAUAACUUUAUUCCACAACGUAAUAAUGAAUUUUAUAUAAAAUAAAGUUUAUUUCAUUGUUACUAAUAAUUUAAGAGGAACUUAAUGUAUCUAAUUAUGUCUCGUAACACAGACUAUUUACCGCAUUAGUUGUAGUCUUAGCAAUUUAUUUGGUUAAACAACUAAAUAUAUAAUUAAACCUUACCUAGUUGAAAAAUAAUUAAUAAUCAAUAUAUACACAUUCACCUUUUAGACGGGGACGAAGCUUGUAUAGACGCCUGCUAUAGUGCUUUUGCGUGAUGAACUCUUAUUUUUAAUACAAAUAUUAAACGUGGUUCAUACUAAUUUUAGCAUUUAACACUGUCUAUUCGUAAAGGCAACACCAUAUUUUAUACGCAAAACAUCCUUAAUUAAUAUUUCCGUAUUAAUUGAUUAUUUAUUUAACGUAGAAGAAUGCAAAAUAGAUUAUAAUUUAAUCUUUAACAACAGCCUGCGUAAAACCUCCAAAAAUGUAUGGUUUGCCAAAAAUACACAAAGAAAACAAUUCUUUUAAGACCCAUAGUCAGUCAUAUUGACUUACCCACAUCCAAAUUAGCCAAACACUUAGUCUCAAUAUUAUCCCCUCUCAGGGGGCACACUAGUGCUUAUGUUAAGGACUCUUACCACUUUGUGGAAACAUUGAGAGAUCUCAAAUUACUCCACAAUGAAACCAUGGUGACUUUUGACAUUGAGUCACUAUUAACAAACUUACCACUAAAUGACUGCCUAGAUACAAUUGCUAAAAGACUUAAUGAACAGAACAUGUCACCAGAUUAUGUAGAUAUUGUAAAACACUGUCUCACAUCACGAUACUUAAUGUGGAAAGAUGAGUUCUAUGUGCAGGUUGAUGGAGUAGCCACAGGUUCUCCGGUGUCACCUAUAGUCGUUGACAUCUUCAUGGAGGACUUUGAGGAGAGAGCUUUGGUUAAUGCCCCGGUUAAACCUCGACUGUACAAGAGAUAUGUCGAUGACACAUUUGUUGUACUCCCGAAUGACAAAAUAUCUGCAUUUCUAACACAUUUAAAUUCAAUACACAAUAACAUCAAAUUUACUGUUGAACAAGAGAACAAUAACUGUCUGCCCUUUUUGGAUAUUUUAAUUACACGCAAAGCAGAUGGCACACUAGGUCACACAAUACACAGGAAGGUAACCCACACAGAUAGGUACCUCAUUGGUGAAUUCCACCACCACCCUUCACAACUGCUUUCUGUCGGUAAAUGUUUCUUCCAGAGAGCCCAACGUCUUUGUGAUGCUGCCUACCUUGAGGAGGAACUACAGCAUGUAAAACAGGUGCUACACCGAAACAAGCUGCGCAUACCCCGGCUGCAUCACAGAAACAAAAACAAGAUACAAACAGUUCCCCGUCAACCAGCCUACCUGCCAUAUGUAAAGGGAGUUACAGAUAGAAUUAGCCGGAUCCUAAAACGAGCUUCUAUUAAUUCAAUUUUCAAGCCGCACAAGAAGAUUCAGCAAUUCCUAAGACCAAUGAAAAGUAACACCCCGUUGCAAGAUGCAGGUAGGUACAAACUGGAUUGCGACUAUGGCCUGUCUUACAUAGGGCAAACUAAACGCAAUAUGUCCAGCAGACUCAAAGAGCACAUUGCAGACAUAAGACGACACACAAAAUCAGUAGUCUGUGAACACACACUGUAGUUUAUCUAGUGGAUAGGCCUAAUCAUUACAUACACUUUGACCAACCGAAAGUAUUUGCGAAAGAAAAAAGAUUCUUCCCAAGAUUGGUACGCGAAGCCAUUGAAAUAAAAAACACCCCAAUUUCAAU